GACUGUAUAAAAGCAGCCAGUCACCGUUCAGGGAGCACGGACGAAGCUCGACUUCUCAGGUGUAUCUCUCCAACAACCAUGAAGGCCGUAGCGCUGAUCCUUGCUCUGGCAGUCGUCACCGGCUGCAAUGCCCGUGCUGUGCGCCAGGCUGACGCCACCCCGAACCGCUGGGAGGACACCGUGGAUCGUUUCUGGCAGUACGUCUCGGAGCUGAACCAAAAAGCCGAUGGAGUCGUGCAGAACCUCAAGGCCUCUCAGCUCAGCAGGGAGCUAGACACUCUGAUCACUGACACCAUGUCAGAGCUGUCCGCCUACAGAGAUGACAUCCAGACCAAGCUGAGUCCCUACGCUGAGACCUCCGCCGGUCAGCUGUCUGAGGACCUGCAGCUUCUGGCCAACAAGCUCCAGAGGGACAUGCUGGAGGCCAAGGAGCGCAGCACUGAGUACUUGGGUGAGCUCAGGACCAUGAUGGAGCAGAACACGGAUGACGUCCACAACCGCAUCAGCGCCUAUACCAACAAGCUGAAGAAGCGCCUGAACAAGGACACAGAGGAGAUCCGCAACACUGUGGCCACCUACCUGGGUGAGCUCCAGUCCCGCUCCGCACAGAACCUGGGCACCGUGAAGGAACAUGUCGAGCCCUACGUCCAGCAGGCCAGUGACGUCGCCACCAAGAAGCUGAGUGACAUCUCUUCCAUUCUGAAGAGCCAGGCUGAGGGUCUGGGCCAGCAGUUGGAGACCCAGGCUGAGAGCCUCAAGGCCCAGAUGGAGGCCACCGCCCAGGACCUGCGCACCUCCCUGGAGGGCAGGAUUGAUGAGCUGACAGAGUUGCUCUCCCCCUAUGCCACCAAGAUCCGCGAACAGUUUGAGAACAUCAUGGACAAGGUCAAGGAGACCGCCACUGCCUAAAGAAAGACUCUGAGGGUUUUUUUUAAAAGGGUUUUAGAUGGUUGGUGUAGUAGAAGGAGAAAUGUGUAAACCACUGAUUUCUAUAUACCCUGGAAAAGAGGGGAAAGGGGGGUGUUGAGAGUUACUGAUAAUAUCUUCAUUUUUGGUGCUCUCGUGUUCAGGGUAAGGGGGUUGACGAGAGUAAAGAGGGAGGAUGAGGUGCAUCCUUUACAGGAUAGUCAGCAGAUAAACUCCUGUUUGGGUUCUUUCCGCUGCGUAGUCACCCUCUCCUCUUCUCAUAUCGACUCCCUCUCUCACUGAACACAAGCACCACAGUCGAUAACAGCUUUAAUAUACACAAACAGGAGGCAAUUAUUUGUAAUAUGCUUUGCUUUAAUUAACUGUUCUAGCCAUUUACCCCCCCCCCCAUACACACACCUCUCGUCCCCAUAUUUUGUAUUGCCUUUCAUACAUUUUGUUUGGUCAUAAAUACAACUGCUGAGUUUGAGCCUCAUAGGCAGGUAUUCCGGCCAGUAUCAUCCUUAAAUGAACCAAACACAAGUGUCUUUCAUUUCAAUAAAUGCACUGAAUUGUGAUGAUCAAAGGACAGGGGCACAUACAGUUGUGUGUCUUCUAGUUUUUCUGGAGCCAAUAGUCAACCGCUAAAGUGCCUGUGUUUAUUGUCUGCAUUUCUUCUUGUUGUGCUUCACAGGGAAGUGGAAUGUAAAAUGACUUGAUGCAAAUAUGACAAUCGGUGACUAAAGUGUAAUGCUGCCUGCCUGUUCUUCAGUCUGAGUAUAGUGUCCCUUGAGUUUCACAUGUCAUAUGCCCACCAUGCUGCUCACUAUAAGUGCACUGCCCUGGGGCUGCAGUGUGCUGAACAGGGCUGAGUGAAUAAAGAACCUAGAGAAGA